AAAGACAGCAUUCAAGAAGAAUUUCCAUGCCCUUGUUUUUCGGGGCGACUUGUUACUUGGGAUUGGGCCAUUUUCUAAAAGUCCCAAUCGUAGGAGCUCUUUCCUUCCUGGAACCUGCUUGGGUUUCGAACAGUAUCGGCAAUCCACUAUCCGCAGCAUUUUUCCCAAGUGCAGUCAUGGACGUCAUGGAAAUGAAAACUUUAUCAGAUCGUCUAAAGAAUUCUUUACUAAAAUUUGUCAGUGCGACAAUCUUUACUUCCCAAACGGAACAUCUACAGACUGAAGCAAUGCGAAAAUAUUUAAGUCCUGAGAUGCCUUCAAUCAGAGAAAUCGAAAAAAGUGUCGCCCUCCUCAUAACUAAUACUCAUUACUCUUUCUUUGGAGUGAGACCCACCACUACAGCUCUUAUUGAAGUCGGAGGACUUCAUAUUUCUGAAAAUGAAGCAGAAUUCACUCCUGAAUUAAAACAGUGGAUGGAUGAAAGUACAAGUGGGGUUGUUUACUUCACUUUCGGAUCAACAGUUCUGAUAGAAAGUUUACCUAAGUAUACAAUACUUGCGAUCUAUGCGUCUUUUUCAAAAAUAGCACCAGUAAGAGUCCUAAUCAAAAUUAAGGACAUAAGAACUCUCCCUCCAGGACUCCCUGAGAAUGUGAAGACUUUAUCUUGGAUUCCACAAAUUCCUGUUCUAAGUCACAACAACACUCGAGUUUUUAUAACACACUGUGGCCUUUUGGGCCUUCAGGAAUCUCUCCAUUUUGGAGUUCCAAUAAUCGGAAUUCCACUUCAUUCGGACCAAUUCCGAAAUGUGCAAAUUUUCGUGAUGAAAAAGAUGGGGAUUCGGAUUAAUUAUGAGGAUAUUAGUGAAGAUGUUUUGGACGAUGCGUUGGAUAGAAUAUUAAAUAAUUCUACAUACAGAGAAGCAGCAAAAUACGAAUCGCGACUGUUUCGAGAUAGACCAAUGACUGCAAUGGAAACUGCCACAUUUUGGAUUGAAUAUGUUCUGAGAAACGGCGAUAAGACUUUAAAAUCACCAGCUUUGGAAUUAAAAUGGUGGCAGGUCCAGCUUCUGGACGUAUAUGCACUUCUAUUAUCCAUAACUCUUUUAGUAAUCUACGUAAUUAAAAUUAUUCUGAAAAUCGUUCUUCGAAACCUUGGACUCAACAAAGUCGGUUUUCUACUAAUGGCUUUCUUCAGUAUUCGAUACAAAAAACCUCUCGUGAACGAGAAACUAAAGGAUGAGUAAAAUAAAAUCAUAAAAAUAUACAUAUACAAUCUA